CAGUCUUCAUUUCUCUCCAGUCUUCACGCUUGGCUCUCACGAGUCAGGACUUCUUUAUUUCAAACUAAAAUGUCAAUACUACUCUUCGUCAAGUAUCCUCCGGUUCCUUCUGUACGGUUCCCACACCCAAAUUCACUCCUCAAAAUCCCCAAAUUCAACCUUUUCAAUAGCAAAAACCCUAGCUUUAAUUACAACUUAAAUCACGCUAAAAUGUCGUCAACUCAGAGAGCCAAUGCGGUUCCUUCCGUGCACAGAGCGGUAGCGGAGGCCAUGAACCUGAUGCAAUCAACGCCUCCCACCUGGCAGUCUGCUUUGCUCAGUAACAUCGUGAUCUUCGUCUUAGGGUCGCCGAUUUUACUUUCUGGUUUGUCUCUCUCCGGAAUUGCUGCCGCGUUUUUGCUCGGUACUCUUACAUGGCGCGCUUUUGGGCCCUCUGGAUUCUUUCUUGUGGCUGCAUACUUCGUUAUCGGUACAGCAGCAACGAAAGUAAAAAUGGCUCAAAAAGAAGCACAGGGAGUCGCUGAAAAGAGGAAAGGAAGAAGAGGACCAGGAAGUGUAAUUGGUUCCAGCACUGCUGGUUGUGUCUGUGCAUUUCUCUCAAUAUAUGGAGUAGGGGGGAAGGCAUUUUAUCGGCUUUGGCAGCUUGGAUUUGUUUCCAGUUUUUGUACAAAGUUAAGCGAUACCGUCUCAAGUGAGAUAGGGAAGGCAUAUGGCAAAACAACGUACCUAGUUACAACAUUUAAGGUAGUUCCACGGGGAACAGAAGGGGCUGUUAGUGUUGAGGGAACUGUUGCUGGAAUUUUAGCGUCGAUUAUUCUUGCCUCAGUUGGUUGUUACAUGGGCCAGAUAAAUGCACCUGAGGCAGUUAUAUGCGUAAUAGCUUCCCAAAUUGCUAAUCUUGGUGAGAGCAUAAUAGGGGCUGCACUUCAAGACAAAGAAGGAUUUCAGUGGCUCAAUAAUGAUGUUGUGAAUAUCAUCAACAUAUCGUUGGGCAGCAUUUUAGCAGUACUGAUUCAGCAAUUUGUUCUCCAAAACUGGCAUACAUAAUUUUCAUGCAGUCACUAGGAAGUGUGUGCCUUACUCCACUGUGCCCUUCAAUUUUCAAUGCUAAAAUUGAAAAGGUCAUAUUCAUACUCACAAAAAUGAAAUAUGCCUGAACACUUACUGCUACCUUUUAAUGUGGUUUGGUACUUAAUUUUUCUAGAAGAAAGAAAUACAUAUGAAUUUUUCUGUUACAUUCAAACGAAGAUCUCCACAAGUUUAGCUAACAUUGAAGGACUUGAAGCAGGAAGGAGCAUAAUUGUAUUGUAGAUCUAAAAUAGUUAUGUUGGGAUGAUAGCAUCCUGUGUAUGGCUUGUAAGAUCCAUUACAUAUUAUGUAUCUACCUGUAGAUUUGUGAUUAAAUGGCAUUUUUAGCCUUAAUUGAAACUUAGUAACUGAGAAUGCUCUCUACAUCUUUUUUAAUUUUCAGAAAUAAAUUAAAUUUAAAACCUA